GGCUUCAGGUGCCGGAUGGGGCUGGGAUGCAGCGAGGUGAACGAGUUAAAGGAGAAAGGCAACAAAGCGCUGAGCGCGGGGAACAUCGCUGAGGCCAUCAAACACUAUUCAGAGGCCAUCAAGCUAGAUGCCAAGAACCACGUGCUCUACAGCAACCGGUCGGCAGCCUACGCCAAGAAGGGGGAGUAUCAGAGAGCGCUGGAGGAUGCCUGCAAGACAGUGGAGCUCAAGCCAGAGUGGGGCAAGGGCUACUCGCGGAAGGCAGCAGCCUUGGAGUUCCUGAACCGAUUUGAGGAGGCCAAGCGGACGUAUGAGGAGGGGCUGAAGCAUGAGCCAGGCAACUCACAGCUGAAGGAGGGACUCCAGAACAUGGAGGCCAGGCUGGCAGAGAGGAAGCUGAUGAACCCCUUCAGUGUGCCCAACCUGUACCAGAAGCUGGAGAGCGAUCCCCGCACUCGGGCCCUGCUCAGUGACCCCAGCUACAAGGAGCUAAUUGAGCAGCUCCGGAACAAGCCCUCCGACCUGGGCACGAAGCUGCAGGACCCACGAGUGAUGACCACACUGAGCGUGCUGCUGGGGGUGGACCUGAGUGCCGGGGAUGAGGAGGAUGAGGCCAUGUCCCCGCCUCCACCUCCCCCACCCAAGAAGGAGCCCAAGCCCGAGCCCAUGGAGGAGGAUCUGCCUGAGAACAAGAAGCAGGCCCUGAAGGAGAAGGAACUGGGGAACGAGGCCUACAAGAAGAAGGACUUUGAGACAGCAUUGGCACACUAUGACAAGGCCAAAGACCUGGACCCUACCAACAUGACAUAUAUCACCAACCAGGCGGCCGUGUACUUUGAGAAGAGUGACUACAACAAGUGCCGGGAGCUGUGCGAACAGGCCAUCGAGGUGGGCAGGGAGAACCGGGAAGACUAUCGCCAGAUUGCCAAGGCCUAUGCCCGCAUUGGGAAUUCCUACUUCAAGGAGGAGCGGUACAAGGAAGCCAUCCAGUUCUACAACAAGUCCCUGGCGGAGCAUCGCACCCCUGAUGUGCUCAAGAAAUGCCAGCAGGCCGAGAAGAUCCUGAAGGAGCAGGAGCGCCUGGCCUACAUCGACCCCGACCUGGCCCUCGAGGAGAAGAACAAGGGCAAUGAGUGCUUCCAGAAAGGCGAUUACCCCCAGGCCAUGAAGCACUACACAGAAGCCAUCAAGCGCAACCCCCACGAUGCCAAACUCUACAGCAACCGGGCAGCCUGCUACACCAAGCUGCUUGAGUUCCAGCUCGCCCUCAAGGACUGUGAAGAAUGUAUCCGGCUAGAACCGACCUUCAUCAAGGGCUACACCCGGAAAGCAGCAGCCUUGGAAGCCAUGAAGGACUACACCAAAGCCAUGGACGUCUACCAGAAGGCGCUGGACCUGGACUCCAACUGCAAGGAGGCAGUGGACGGCUACCAGCGCUGCCUGCUGGCCCAGUACAACCGCAAUGAUACGCCCGAGGACGUGAAGCGCCGCGCCAUGGCCGACCCUGAGGUGCAGCAGAUCAUGAGCGACCCGGCCAUGCGCCUCAUCCUGGAGCAGAUGCAGAAGGACCCCCAGGCCCUCAGCGAACACUUGAAGAACCCGGUCAUUGCCCAGAAGAUCCAGAAGCUGAUGGACGUUGGUUUGAUUGCCAUUCGGUGAUGACAGGCCUGCCUGCCUGCCCCCAUCGUGUGCCCCCUCCGCCCUUGGGGGCACAGAGACUCAUACUGGGGCCUUGCUGUCCCCUCCAGGUGCCCCCUCCCCCCGGGGGGCCCCGAAGGGGGACAGGAGGGGGGACCCACAGCCUCUGCUGUGAGGGGGAGGGGGGAUGUCUCCAGCUGCACGACUGCCUUGUCCUGCUGCAUUCCAAUAAAUGAGCAAAGCAGUC